AUGCCCCGCUACGAGAAAAUCAUGGAGGCGUCUCGCCAGAAGGGCACUCGCUUCCUGUACGAGGCCACAGUCGGCGCAGGGUUGCCCGUUGUGGGACCGCUGCAGGCACUGCUACGGGCUGGUGAUGAGGUGGAUACUGUCGAGGGAAUCUUCAGCGGUACCCUCUCCUACAUCUUCAACACGUGGAAGCCUGGUGUCAAGUUUUCCGAAGUGGUGAAGGAAGCGAAGGACAAGGGCUUCACAGAGCCGGACCCCAGAGAUGACUUGGGAGGGACGGACGUGCAGCGCAAGGUGACUAUCCUUGCCCGAGAAAUUGGGUUGAAGAUCGAGCUUGAUGAUGUCCCAGUGAAGUCCCUCGUGCCGGAGAAGCUUCAGAAUUGGGAAGCCCCUGAUGGCAAGAAACUCGGGGAUGCCUUUGUAGAGGAACUAGAGGCAUAUGAUGAUGAGAUGGAUGCGCUUCUGGAAGAGGCUGAGAAAGCGAAUGAGGUGCUCCGAUUUGUUGGGUCCGUGGACGUGAAGUCUGGCAAGGCCUCUGUGAAGCUUGGCAGAUAUCCAAAGGAUCACCCUUUUGCCUCCACCCAGUUUGCAGACAAUAUUUGCGCGAUCUCCUCCAAGUGGUAUACCCCUCGGCCUCUUGUUGUUCAAGGUCCUGGUGCUGGUGCAGCCGUCACUGCCGCCGGUGUUUUCAGCAACAUCAUGGAGGUGAUGAAUGGCAUGCGCUGA